UCUUUUUUCAGUCUUUGUUCUCAUUCCGUACGGUGUUGGUGUAUGCACCUGCGGUUCAUUCUCAGUUGUUUUUCCUCUAAACGACUAAAUAACUUUAUUCCUAAAUCCUAGCAUACAAAUAUAAUAGUAUUACAUAAUUCUUUACACACUCGCCUGAAAAUAAUAUUAUACAUUUGUCCAUAGUAUUAUUAUAAUGCCAUUUAUAUCGAAGGAUUGGCGAUCUCCAGGGGAAGUAUGGGUGAAAACAGAAGAAGGAUGGGAAAAAAAGAAAAUCCUGGAAUGCUGCAAUUUUUUACUAGGACAACAAGAUAAUUUAUUGACCAGAUAUUCUGUUUCCGAUCAUUCUGAUGAAGAGAAGGCUGAUAAUAUAGAUAACUGGAAUGAAGAUGAAAAUUCCGAGGAAAAAGAAAACAAAGGCUCUACUAACCAUUUCAAACGUCCCAGAACUAAAUAUUCCAGUGAAAGUCAGUAUGAUGGUGUUAUCCAGCCUCAUUGCCAUAUUACAAUAAAAUGUACAAAAGAGAUUGCAGGGUUUAAUGGUUUAAGUGAGGCACUCAAACGAUUAGACUUUCGUUCUGCUGUACACGAUGUCCGCCGUUUUCACUAUAUUUGUAAACUCCUUGAUCUCCUAGUGUCUCAUAGACUAAAUGCAUUGUCUGGUUGUGCUCAAAGGGUUCUAUUUAAUAUAAUUGAAGAAGUCGCUCACCAAGUAUCUCAAAGUCAACAAAACAAACAUAUGUUAGACCGUCUUUUAGGACAACUUCGUGAGGUUGUUGAAUGUGCAUGUUGGGGCAGACCACUGGGAUCAACAAUUUUAUGGGAACAACACUUAACUACUAUUAAUCGUAUUCAUGAAAUAGCUGAUCAAAUAGAAAUUCGUCAACCUGGUGAUAAUGAAGAACCACAAUUUGAUCAACUUCCAGAGGAGUGUGUUCGUGAGGUAUUGUUAAGGUUAGCUGAUCAUCGUGAUCUGGAGCGUUCAGCACAUGCAUGGGGAGUAAUGGCACGUUUAGUAGAUGAAUUACGUAUUUGGCGUGAAUUAUGUCAAUUUCACUUUAGUCCACGUCAAAUACAGUCAGUAAUUGAUAGCUCACCAAGUACCAGUGAAGACUGGCAGCUAAUAUAUCACAAGUUAAGAAAAUGUUAUGGAUUACGAGAAGAAUAUGCUGAAAUGAUACAGCUAUGCCGAAACUGUAGAUGUUUGUUUUGGCAUAGUAUUGGACAUCCGUGUAUUGCAGACACUGAUCCUCAUUUUAUGGAAAAACUUGAAGAUGUUGAUAAAAAUUCAUUGUAUGUACCUAUACCACCACAAGCUUUUCUUAAAUUUUUUUCACUCUAAGAUCUUAAAUAAAAAUGAAGUUGAAUCAAGUUUAUUAAUAUUAUGGACUAUGGUAACUAGAAGUAUAAUUACAUUUUUUUAUUUGCACAAUUUUAUUCAUAGAAAUUUCAAACUUAUAGAAUAAGUAUAGGUAUUAUAAAUUGUUUAAAAAUGUAAGAUUAAAUUAAAUAAUGACAUUUAAACAUGAUUAUAAUAAAAACUGAAACAUAAAUCAAAAUAUAUUUAUGUAUUAAAAUUUAAAAGUUAUAAAAUAAAAAUAAAAAUUAUUUUUCUAGAAAAUAAAUGCACAUGAUAAUAAUAUAGUGUAUAAUAUACUUUUGAAAUGUAUAUAUUUUUGACAAUCUUAAAGCACACAGAGUUCAUUAAUGACAAUUUAAAUAUUUAAUAUUGCAUAGUUACAUAUUCAAUUUUCAGUAAUAAAAUAUAAAAGUAAAAUUACAAUUUUUCAAUAUUUUCCUUUACUUUUUUUUCUGUGAAAAAACAACUGAUAUUUUCUAGUCAUAGUUUUUUAGUAUAUUAUUAUUGUGGCUCCCUCCAUUUAAACUAGUUAGGUCUUGAAAUUAAAUACCAAAUAAUAUACUUAAAAGUUAAAUAAAUGUUAUUUAGUGUAAACAUAUUGCGGUACAAAUGUACAAUCAUUACUUAAUUGUGUAGCUGAGCUGAAAUUAGUAUUCAAACUUUAUGUAUAUUGAUUUGUUAAAUAUAAAAUAUAGAUAAUAUCAAUUAAUAUUCAUUUCACUUCAGACAUUUUUAAGUUUUUUUUAAAUAAUAGUACAAUACAUUCAAGAUUCCAAUAUUAUUUUAACAAAGUCAUAUAAAGUUAGAAUAAUAGGUAUUAUGUUUCAAAUACUAAAUUCAUUUUUCAAAAUAAAGAAUUUUAUUUUAUUUUAUCCAAGUAAAUAGUGUUAAAUUAAAAAAUAUAUUACAAAUAGUAUUAAUGCAAAUACAAAAUAAAAAGUACACAUUGGUGAUAAUUAUAGAUAACCUUAUUUUUAAUAAAAUAUUAACAUAAAAUGUGUGAUAUAUAUAUAUUUUAAACAGACUACUGUUUAAUGAUUUAUUGAGUCAAUGUUCUGAUAUUUUGAAUACAUUAUUUUUUUUGCAUUAAAAGGUCAACAUAACAAGGGUGUUUACAGAAAUUUUUCAAGAGAGGGCAGAAUAUUUUAAUUUUUAAAUUUUUAAAUUACUAUCCGAUUAGUUAUAAAGUAGGGUUUUUUCGUAUUGGUAGGGAAUGUAAAAAUGAUAUACAAAUUAUGUCUUUUAUUUAACAUAAUAAUGAUAAUUUACCCAGAAAAAAACCAAGGGCAACUGUCCCUACUUGUCACCCACUAGGUACCCUCUGCGGACACCCUUGCAACAUACUAUGAAUUAGAGGACCUUUAAUCUUUCUAAAUUACAUUGUUUAACAAUAUAUAAUGUUAUUGAUUGUUUCUAUUUUAUCAAAACUUUAACUACACACCGUUAUAGCUAUAUAUGAAAUAAAUAUAUUUUUAUAGUAUUAUGAUUUAUGUAAUAAAUUGUUUAGUUUCUAUGAAGUAUAUGAUUAAAUAUAUCAAUCUAAAAUCACUUUAAAGGUAAAAUUCAUUGAAAUUUACUAGCUAAAAGAUUUUUUUUUUUAAUAAAAUAAAAUAUUUGUUUAUUUUUUAAUUAAAAAUAUCAUAUAACUUAUAUUAUAAUAUAUAUAAUCAAAAUAUUUUAAGUUAGAUAUUAGGUCAAAUCAUAAUAUAUUAUUGGAUAUUAUGUACUGAAAUAUUAUUUUAAAAACUCAUAUUAUGUUACUAUCGUUGUAUUUCUUAAGCCUUAUGAAUUUAAACUUAAAUCACCCAUAAAGAUUCAAGACUUUUAAGGAAGAUAUUAGAGUGCAUCAAUACAUAAAGGUUCAAAAUUGAGGGUUCUAGAAGUUACAUGUGCGAUAUACUAGCGAAAUGUACUGACCUGUGCCAGAGUCAUGCCUUGAUAUGAGUCUGUUAGUAACUACUAUGUAUCGAUAAGUAUCUAAUUUUUCUUCUUAAAAAUCUUGAUAUUAUAUUGAUGGGAUUUUUAUUUUUUGUAAAUAAUGCAUUUCAAACAAACUAAUAUGUAGAUUAUUUUUAGUGUGUUUCAGAUUUAAUUUAAAUAAAUCUUAUUAAUUUAACAUACUUAGAAGGCCAAGGUAACUAGAACCUACUGAACUAGUAAUUUCAAUAAAUUUCCCUUUUCCUAAUUAGAUUAGGUAUUGACAUAUUGUUUAUCUAAGUAUAUACAAAAAGUUUUAUAUCAUACAUUUAUAAUUUGUUAAGUGAUAUAGAUUUAAUUUUUGUUUUUGAAUUUAUUUUAAGAUAAAUUUUUUGUAAUGAAACAUUUUUAUAUUUUGUUUUGUGAAAAUGCAUUUGAUUUGUGAUUUUAUUUUAGUUAUUAUCUGUUGUAUGUGAUUUUUUUUUGUAUUUAAUGGGGACUUAAUUUAGCAGUCAUAUAUUAUUUUUAUUAUGUUAAUAACUUGUGUUUUUUUUCUCUUACGAUGUCUUUAUUUUUGUUCUUCAGUAACGGUUUCAUAAAUUGGUUAAUUUAUAGUUUAUACAUUGAUUGAGACACAUGUAGAUGGCGAACAAUAAACAAUACAAGUUUAAUUGUUAAUGGUACAUUAAUAGGCUUCUAAAUAUUAUACAGUUUCAAAUUGUAGUUGUAUUGUAUUAUAUUUAUAUAGGUACCAACUGUUUUAUGCUGUUGUUAAAAUUGUUAUUUAAAUUUGUUAUUAUUUUAUAGUUAAAAACAAAUUAAGUUAGCUUAUGAAAUGAAAUAACAUGUUCAUUAAUAGAAUUUAAUUUUGUUUAAGACUUUCAAUAUAGCUUCCAACUGAUUUAA